GUUACUAGCCAGCUCAGGUACUCUCAACACUCUCUGAUUCUGAGCUACACUACCAAGACCAAGCUACUACUACUACUGUCACUGUGUUACUAGCCAGCUCAGGUACUCUCAACAUUCUCUGAUUCUGAGCUACUCUACCAAGACCAAGCUACUACUACUACUGUCACUGUGUUACUCUCAACAUUCUCUGAUUCAUGUCCAGAUCGGUUGGCAGAAUGUCUCUGCUGCUUUGUUGUAUAGUAAUGGCUCUGCACCUCGCAACAGGGCUGGAUGCUGCCCCGGGGGUGGUGAACACUACAGAGGAGGAGGUGGAAGGGGUGGACUCCCAGUCACCAUGCCCAGCUGGGUGGCAUCAGAAUGAGCAUCGCUGCUUCUCCUUCUACCCCGUCUGGGCCACCUGGGCCACUGCAGAGUUGUACUGCUCCCAGCACAGAGGGAACCUGGUGUCGGUUCACAGCCCGGGUCAACAGGUGUUUGUCCAGGAUCUGGUCAGGAGACACACAGACCAGCCGGUCUGGAUAGGAAGCUACGAUGCAGCUCAGGAGGGGAUGUGGCUGUGGAGUGACGGCUCAGCUGUUGACAGUUUCUACUGGGAGGAGGAUGAGCCCAGUAACUCUGGACAGGGGGAGAACUGUAUGGAGCUACACACUGGAGGUGGGCAGGGCUGGAAUGACGUGUCCUGUGGAGAGCUGAGGUUCUAUGUGUGUUCUAUGGAGACAAGAUCUGGUUUAGCAUCAUUGCCAAGUCAGAAGAAAUCACACGAGAGAGAGCUGGUUGAAGAGGUGAGUAUUUAUGACGUCCUGUGGGAGACCAGUGAGAGAGUAGCAGAUGAGAUCCUCUACUCAGCCUUCCUCAGAGGGAUGUAUUCCAGACGUCUGCCUGCCCACUGCUAUGCUGACUUCUGCCACCAGGAGGUGCUAUACCUGGACAGAGUCAUCCCCAUGCUGCGGGUGCUGAUCAGAACAGUCCAGGGUCCUCCAGACAUCAUGAUGUUUCUCCAGAGAACACAUCAACGCUACCAGGAGUCUCUGAAGGAGGCCCAGAACCAAACUCCACCACACCUGGUAAGAAGCUCUUAUAACAAUCACCUUUAAAAUGUAUAAUUUGAU